CUGAUCCUGGCUAGAGUAGGAAAUGGGGGUCGUAUUUGUGAUGAAUUGGGUCAGAAGUCAGACGACGCCAGGUUAUAACCCAACAUGCAGACCCGCCCCGCAAUGCACACACCCAACACACUUUCCUAACCCUCUCUCUCCAACACAUGCAUACACAUGUGUGUGCACAUGCACACAGCAUCACACACGGACACAGACCACCUGCACCCACACCAUUUCCUCACUUGCUUUCACUCUGUCACAGGCACUAAUCCUUUCAGCCAACCAUUUCUUCAUUUUCCUGAACCUGAGGACUUAGUUGUUGUCAACUCUGUGCAGCUUGAGCUAACUCUGCAGGCCCAGAGUAAAGUAACUCUGCAGGCCCAGAGUAAAGUAACGCUGCAGGCCCAGAGUAAAGUAACGCUGCAGGCCCAGAGUAAAAUAACUCUGCAGGCCCGGAGUAAAGUAACUCUGCAGGCCCAGAGUAAAGUAACUCUGCAGGCCCAGAGUAAAAUAACUCUACAGGCCCAGAGUAAAGUAACUCUGCAGGCCCGGAGUAAAGUAACUCUGCAGGCCCAGAGUAAAGUAACUCUGCAGGUCCGAAGUAAAAUAACUCUGCAGGUCCGGAGUAAAAUAACCCUGCAGGCCCGGAGUAAAGUAACUCUGCAGGUCCGGAGUAAAGUAACUCUACAGGCCCAGAGUAAAAUAACUCUGCAGGCCCGGAGUAAAGUAACUCUGCAGGCCCGGAGUAAAGUAACUCUGCAGGCCCGAAAUACAAGUGUAAACAUGAGCCGCAAAGUGCUUGCCUCCAGCCUCUGUAACAUGUCAAUUAAAUCUUAGGAAACCUGUUUUUCUCUCCCCGCCUCCUUCUUCCCCCCCUCCCUCU